AUGCCUCACCUAGAACUACUCGCGACCCUUGAAGGUCACCAGGACCGUGUCUGGCAAGCUUCUUGGCAUCCCACAAAGACUCUACUAGCAACUUGUUCUGGUGACAAGACAGUCAGACUCUGGGCACCUGCCACACCUACAGACUUCACAAAAUGGGUGUGUGUCGAUACAUUGAAGGGUGCCCACAAACGUACAAUCCGCAGUGUUGCAUGGUCUCCUUCUGGAAAUGAGAUUGCAACAGCCAGUUUUGAUGCUACUACCGGAAUCUGGGAAAGAGAUCCACAAAUUGCUGACUGGGAAUGCAUGGCAACUCUUGAAGGACAUGAAAAUGAAAUCAAAUCUGUAGCUUGGUCUUCUUCUGGUGCUCUGCUUGCUACAUGUAGUCGUGACAAGAGUGUCUGGAUCUGGGAAGUGGAAUCUGAUAACGAUUUCGAGUGUCUAAGUGUACUACAGGAACACUCUCAGGACGUAAAGAUGGUAGCAUGGCAUCCUAAGGAAGAGAUUCUCGCAUCUGCUAGUUAUGAUGAUACUAUCAAAAUCUGGAAAGAGGAUGAAGACGAUUGGUAUUGUGCUGACACAUUACAUGGGCACGCUUCUACUGUCUGGUCUUUGGACUUUAAUGCUGCCGGUGAUAAGAUUGUAUCUGCAUCUGAUGACAAAACAUUGAAGAUUUGGAAGCAGGAUGGUGGAAAGGAUGGUUCAUGGACUUGUGAGACUACACUAGAAGGUUAUCAUGAUAGAUGUAUUUAUUCUGUAUCAUGGUCAAAGAUCCACGGUUUAAUGGCUAGUGCCAGUGGUGACAAUACUAUCCAGAUCAUCUCCAAGGAUGGUGAAGCAGGAUAUCGAUCUGUAGCUGUGAUGCAGGAUGCUCAUGGUGUUCAUGACAUUAACGGUGUUGCUUGGUUCCCUACCCAAACACACCAAGACUGGCUUGCUUCUGUGGGUGAUGAUGGCCUAGUCAGAAUCUGGCGUAUGGUUGAAUAAUUUGUAGUUUCCUUUUUCUUUCUCUUUAUCCCUUUUUUUUAUUUGUGAUUCAUUUCUGUCCAUAAUUCAUUAAGCCACCCAGACACCUCGUUUACUCGCAUCUU